GUCUCAAUGAGAAUAAUGCUGACAGCGUGGAAUUCCUGGAUUACAGAGUAUUAACUCAGGAUUUAAUAAAGCUAGUGUUAGCAUCCUCACAGGAGUAUAGGGGAGAGAGAGGAGCUAGGGGAAGAGAGAGAAAAAAGGCACACAGGAGCCGAGAACUGAACAAAGAGCCUGAGAAUUAGAAGAAAAAAGUUCAAGAGAAUCUUUGAUUUGGAAAAGGAAGAAUACAAACUGAGCUUUGGAAAUUGUAACUGAAGAAGAAGAAGGACAAUCAUUUGAAAGGAGCAAACACAUAACAAGUAAUAAAACAACCAUUGCACUGUAAAGCUAGCUUUGUGUGUAUGGGUUAAAACAGUGGUAGACUGUAGGUAGAACCUUAUUUCUGUUUUGUUUCGUUCUUGCAACGUUUUGUAUUGUGUGGUGGAAUCGUACGAUAAAAUUAUUUAUGGAGACCACCGUGAUAAAUGGACCAUCUCAAGGUGUAGUAGGAAACUUGAUUUUAAAAAAAUGCAUUUUUCCUAUUGUCUCUGGAUUAAAGGGAAUGCUAGAUCACUUUAAUAUAUUCCCAUUUAUUUAGAGUGGAUCUAUAUAUAUUAUUUAUUCUAUAUGCCUCUUUGUUUCACUUAGGGGUCCAUCAUGUUCCUGGCAGGCCUCUUUGGCUGGAAUGACGCAAGUGGGUCUGUCAUGAAAUUGGCACCAAGAGGCAGUGCAGAACUAGUCACAGAGACCCUGAUGUUGGAACUGAACUCACACCUAAAACGCUCAGAAAGGCACCAGCGAGAGCGUCUCAUUGAGUACAGACGGGUGAAAAAUGGGGUGGACUACACAUGGCUGGCAUCUAUCCCACGUCAGGCCUAUGAAAUAAGUCCAGGGGACCAACUGGAACUCAGGGAUAUUUGCUCUAAAAUCAAUCCAUCGCAGUGUGGACCUGCUAUACUAAGGUACUAAAAUAUUUUACUAGUGUUUUGAUAUACCUGCAAAGAAUUAUCCACUGGUAACCCUGCGAAAAAAUACACACAAUGUAGUAAUACAGUAAUUCCUGUAGGUGUCAGGAAUGUGUAAAUACAGAAGAUUGUUUUAAUAGAUAAGGAAAUCUGGAUUUUAAACACAGUGAUCAGUUUAAUAGUGUCAUAGUUUGAUAAGCAAUGCACAAUCUCUGCAAUGGCUCUAUUAUCUCACUUGGUAUCCAACAUCGUCACCUUUAUAUAUUGCUCUUUCCAUAUUAAUAUAUCUCCUUUAAAUAUGUAUAUAUAUAUAUAAAAACUUUUUCAAUAGUGAUGACUGCACUCCUCUGUCUUCUUGUAAAACCAAAAUUACUUUAUUAGAUAUACAUUAAAAAAGAUCGACGUUUUAGCCCCACUCUGGGCUUUCUUCAGGAUCAAAAGUUACAUACAUUAGACUAAUACAUACUGAACUGACUUAUAUACUAUAAGAGAAACAAUCACCUUUAUAUAUUGUUCUUUCCAUAUUAAUAUAUCUCCUUUAAAUAUGUAUAUUUCAUAUAUAACAUUUUUAAGAGUGAUGACUCAGGAGAAAAAUAGUUGUUAAGGAUCCUCAUAAUUAGGACAUCUAUAAAAGCAUAAAGAUUAUAGAGACAAUUCAAUGCCAAGAUGUAUCCGAAAUACAGAAGGUUUGUUUUAUCAUACAAACACUGUACCCACAGAUUGAUAUCCCACUAGAGAUGGGUAAAUAUUUAAUUAUGUUCAACAAUAGUGAAAGUGUUGACCACUUAAUAAAUAAAGUGGGCUAAUGCAUCAUCAGUAGAGUCUGUUCAACCGUUGGGGGUCGCAGGUUCAAAUCCCAGCAGGGUUCAUUCAGCCCUUCAUCAUUCUGACUUAGUUUAAAUGAGUACCAUUAAAUUGGAUAAUAGUAACAACCCCUGGAUGUUGGGCAAAAGUAACAUCCCCAGGAUGUACUUGGAAACCAAAGUCAUCUGGUUAUCUGGUUAAAUACUUUGUUAUUAUUAUUAUUAUUAUUUGGAUGCUUAUCAAACAUUUUAACAUUUAUAUUAUGUUUAUUUAAGUGGAUGCAACAGUAGUCAAUAACAGGUAAAUUUAAUCAGAAUUAUUCACCAAACUAGGACUUGCUAUGACCCAUCAAAGGAGUUACAAAUUUCAUGCCAAAAUAGCCCACUUAAUUUGAAAAAAAAGUUCUUGAACACAGCUCUUUUUGCUUGUUGGCUAUUUUUACCUGAAUGUUGAAAUUCUCUGGUCAGUGCACAAAAUUCUUGGUUUAUAGAAUAACUCUGCAGCUAAGUCUCUGUGCAAAAAAACAUUAUUGCCAUUAUAUGUUCUUCUUUAUCAACGUAAGCCUAUGCACCAAAUAUAACAUUGCAAUUGUGCAAAUAAAAAAAAAAAAGGAUUUAUGGUCAGUACUUGAGGGUCCUGAUAAUCUUCUAAAGGGAGAUCCUCACCUUACAAGUAUAUUAAAAUAGUAAAAAUUAUUAAAGUACACCCAUCCUUCCUAAAUGCGUACGGUAAUGAGAAAGUCAUCUUGCCUUGAAUUGCAUGACUGUUCGUUCCAAUAUUUCGAUUUCACUCUUUUGAUUAAAAGUAAGGUGGCUAGCUGGAAUCAGAAGGAUGAUUGUGUAGAAAGUUGACCUCAGAACACAUUCAUUUAUAUUUUUGUUGCAUUUGUGAGAAACAUUAUAGGAUAUUUUUCCAUGAUAAAAAUGUCCUAUAAUUUCUAGCAAAAUUAUAAUUUACCCUAAGCAACGGCACCAUUUGCAAAAGAAACAGAAUUUAAUGCGAUAAAUAAAAUAAAGGUAACAGACGCAAUGUAAACUAGAUUUUUCCCCAUUGCAGGUUUCGCCGUCUAAUGUUAGAGUUUGAGCCCGAGGGUGCUGAGAUCCCACGUCUCUUCCGAUCAGUACUACAGGACUUUGUGUCUAAGGAGGAGGAGGAGCAGAGGAAAAAAAUGUUGGAAGGUCCAUGGGAGAAACGAAGAAGAGCCAAGAGUCUGGCAACAGUCCACUACAACCCUCCUCGCCUGCGUGUCAACCCAUUCCAGCUGGAAGAUGCUCCUGGCUCCGAUACAGAGAGCGAGCUAGCUGCUUCUGGGAGAGCAAGGAGCAAAAGUAUGCCAGAGUUCAGUACCACAAGGGAGGUCCAUUAAGAAGUCCUGCAUGUACAAUUCUCUAUGGACACAUCUCCAGCACAGAAAUGUUUUUUUGUGUAUGUGUAAACUAUGUGUACAAGGCGUGAGCUCAGUAUUCAUAUAUUCACAAGAUAAACCAAAGCGAAAAGUUAUCUGUAUGGCUCCCAAACGGCAGUAAAUUAGUGAAGCAGUGACUUCUCAAGGUCCCCUAGAAACAAAAUAGCUGCUACCAGUAAAAUUGUAGGCUUUUACCAUGGUGCCUUGUUUGCAGGAGAAGAAUGAAGAAGCCUAUUGAACGUAAACCUGUAUUCCGGCCAAUUCCUAUUUAGCUUUGGUACCCAUCCGAUAAUGCAAGUAUUUUAGGUAUAGAACAAAGAACGGUGGUCUUUUUAUUGACAGCUACUUAGAUUGUACCACUAAAAUAGAUAAAUAAAUGAAGAGCCUCUUCAGUCCUAAUCCCACUAUUCUGCAACCAGCAAGAGCUGUUAGCUGCUGUUACUGAAAAAAAAAUGAAAUGGCAUGUCCUGACUGGCAUGACACCUUUAACAAUGUUGUGUGUUAGAAGGAGAAGAGCUUACUCCAUGUAUUUUUUUAAAAUUUUUUUUAAAAACCACCUUUGGGCUGUAGUCGUGUUCCUAAAAGGCACUUCUCAUAGAUAAACAAAUGCACUUAAACGUUUCUUGCUCAUGUUAACUUGUGGAAGAAGAUGCAGAUACAGAAAUCUCAAAUACACCACAUACAUCUCUAACGGACACUACCAUUCCACCAGUCCUCUUCUCUAUUGCUAAUGUAUUAUAAUAGCAUAUGAAAUACUUUAUUUUUACUUUGUACUAAUGAACAUUUACUUCCACAAGCAAUGUAUUUUUUGAUUUGUAUGUUUGUUUUCAUGUAAAAUAAACAUCCGGUCAAUGACAAUGAAAACACAAAUAACAAACAAAACGCCCCUGAAAGAUUAUAUGUCAAACAAUCUUGAACUAGAAUCUAAAUUAAUGCCAGAAACUAAUAUGUAUUUCUGGCAUUACGUGUUCCAUGUACACUGGUCACAUAUGUUACAUAAUGCAAUAGCAUGUGAAUGCAUACAUAUAAUGUUUUAUAAUGUCCUAUCCUUUGCACAUAAUAAUUUAUUUUCUAUGGAGAUAAACGCACGCUAUUAGAACAUGACUGCGCAUAUAUUACUUGAUGCGCAAAGAAAUACGUUAUUAUACUUUCAGAAAUGCAAUAAUCUAUUAAACAAUGAAUAUGUAAAAUAAUAUAACCGCUAUUGCUUGUUGGGAUGCAAAGCUCUGAUGUAAUGUUGCUGCUUCCACCACCUGUAGAUAAUAGAUUUACUGUAUUUUUUAUUUUAACAAAUUGUUACUGUUUUUUAAUAAAAUGAUUUUUUAAAUAGUAAAUACAAACUGUCAUUUACCUUUAAUUGAACCCUUUAAUUGUAG